AUGGAAAAUAAUAUCAAGAUAGAACACGGAUAUGGAGUUAAAAAGAUGGUAGAAAGUAAACACAUAGUUUUUUUAAUGUGGGUUAUACUAAGUUUAGUAUUUACAUUAUACUCUAAAUGGCUAAUGAAUCAAUAUUUUCCAUAUCCUAUUACAAUGUCUUUAAUUCACAUGAUAAUUGCUUCUAUCUUAAGUCACAUAUUUGGAGGUUUAGUGAGUAAAAAAUUUGGGGAGAAAACAAGAUUUUCUUCAAUUGGAGGAUUGAGCUUUCAGGAGAAGAAGAGUAUCUUGGUUUUCAGCAUAAUAGUUGCAGUAAACAUUUGGUUUUCGAAUGCUUCUCUGCAUUUGGUUUCUAUUUCUUUACAUCAAAUGGCAAGGACCACAAUUCCACUUUUCACUAUGGCAUUGGGAAUUUUAUUCUUUAAACAUAAGUAUAGACUUUCCCAAAUCCCACCUGUAAUUUUGGUCAUAGUGGGAGUAGCUAUCACAGUGAAUGGAACUCCAGAACUCAGUAUUUAUGGUUUAUUUAUUGUACUUAUGGGAUGUUGUGUUUCUUCUUUAAAAGGAAUCGUGGCACAAAAGUUACAGGUUGAGAAUCUAAAAAUUAACCCAAUAAUUAUGCUUCAAUAUGUUGGUCCUGUGGCUUCUUUAACUUUGGGGUUUUUUUCGGUGAUACUCGGAGAGAUAAAUAAGAUAUCAGAGCAAAGUGAGAAUAUGGAUAAGGUUUCAUUCUUAAUAACAAACAUUUUUCUCAUCUUUGCAGGAGUCAUGGCCUUUGGUUUAAAUAUUUUGAGUUUGAUGAGCUCUUCCAUAGUUUCACCCCUGGCUAUGAAUAUUGCAGGUAAUGUAAAGCAGCUCCUUACAUGUUUGCUUGGUUGCUUUAUAUUUGGAAAUACAGUAACAGAAAAGUUACUUUUGGGAAUUUUAAUAACUAGUUUGGGUGCUUUAUGGUACUCUCUAGAUAAGCAAAAGGAUUCUGGUAAGAAAAAGGCCAGAUAUGUAAAAGGAAGAUACAUUGAUAGGGUUGGAUUGGGAAUUCAAAGCGAAAUGGAUAGUAAUGCAACAAAGCUUCAAAACAAUUAUCUUGGUUCAAAGUCUAUUGAAAUUAAACAAAUAGGUGCAUAUAACAAAACCUCAACAAUUGAAAGCUCUAAAGAACAAAAAGAUCAUCUCAAAGAAGAUGUUUCCCUUGAGCUUGAAAGCCAAAUUGAAGGAAGUGAAAUAAGCUUAGAAGAUGAAGAUCAGGAAUCCGAAGAAGUGAGCUGUUAUCUAAAGAUGGAAAGCAUUAUAGAAGAAGAAUGCCAAGAAAUUCAGGUUAACUUGGAACUUGAGGAUCUGGAAGAAAUUGAGAAAAAUGAUUAUCCCUUGAAAAAAAACACAGAUUUGAGUAAAAGCAUGGAUAUUAUAGUUUUGGGGUCUGGCGCCAACAACUUGCAAAUUCCAGAUGAAAAUGCAGACUACACUAACAUACAAAGGUAA